AUUUUCUUUCGAGACGACCAGCGCGGAACUUACCUCGACAAAAUGAACCUAAGGGGAAGAACGCGACCAAAGAGUUUCAAGACAAGAAAUGUACAAACCUCAUCGCUGUAUUGCUUCAGGUAGCUGGCAUAAGGCGAAACCGCAACGACGGGUGCGACAGGUGUAAAGCGGGGAGGGGUUUCUGGGACCUCUGUGUGGUAGCACUCCCAGAAUUUGGUGACUUCUCGUCAAGCUGUGCUAAUUGCCACUACAACGGCAGGGGGAUAUAUUGCUCUUUCGUGAAAAAACGUAGAGUCAACGGAUGACCCGCUAUUAGAUGGGACUGCGAUGCCGCCAUCGGCGCCGCCUGAGCCGGGUGUUCCGGAUUACGUUUUUAAGGCUACACUAGACGUUCUCGCCUCGAAACAGAUGGCGGAACUUAUAAAUGGGGAGACUUUUCGCCAGCAACUUCACAAUAUACGAGGAUAUCCCCUAAUGUCUGCUAUAAUAGAAAUUCCUAUACCCGCCCUCGAACUCCGCGAAAUUACCAAAAGAAUAGUCGACAAUUACCUACAGACCCAAUCCGCAGCGGGAUUUGGGCGCAGUAUGCCAAACGCGGCAAGUUUACUCACCAUAGCACUCCUAAGGGAGAUGAGCGCAUCCCACGACCCGCUUGACCAGUUUGCUAGCACUUCCUCGCCCGCCCAGGUAGUGGACACGUCCUCACCUGCCCGGGCGAUUAACGUGUCCUUGCCUGCCCGUCUUGAUAGGGGACAUGAGGCACUGAUCGGUGACGGCCCAGUUAGCAUUGUUCGGGACAAUCUCCCCCACUCCCUCAGCGGUAGUGGCUUUCUGUUUGAUCUGCUGGGCGAGACUCUCGCUCUCCAACAUCUCCCUCUCUCUCGAACAUCAAGCACAGACUCGCCGUCCUCGUUGUUCCCAGUACUCGGGUUUACCGUUAACUCGUCAAACAAAAGUGCUUGAUUAAAGCACAAGCUUGCUGUCGGCCGCCGGACCCCAGGUAGUGUGGCCACCGCAGCGAAAGGUGAUAUUGCCGGCCAAUAUUUUUUAAUGAGCUCAGAAACCUCUUGCCUUGCU